AUGGGCCUACCAACUCUCUACAACUCUAUUCUUGUGUUCCUUUUAUUUGCACCAGCAUGGUCCAACGGCCUCGCCAGAGCCAACUACAGCGACUUCUGUCCCGCUGGGAACCCAGAAAUCCAAGUUGAUUCAACCUCGUACACCAUCACUUGUGAUAGAUCCUACAUGGUUCCCUUGCCCAUAAGGGUACGCGAUAACGCAACACCCGCGGACUGUGCUCGUGUGUGUACGGCAGACCCAGAAUGCCAUGGCAUUGUGUGGCAUGCAGGCAACUGCUGGCAGUCGAAUCAUGCGGAUGCUACCACAGGCACUGCCGCAGGUGCUAUACUAUUGGUUCCUGGCGAGACGCAGGAGCCAGUUCCUGAGCCGGUUCCCAAUUGCCAGGAACAGGUGGAUGCAGCUGUGGCAACUGCUAACACAAACUGCGCGAACCAACUCGAGACACAGUUGCGUAACAGUGAUGAAAUUGCUGCAAAUUGCGAUUAUGGUCAGACGGCCUAUAUUAGAACUAUUGCUGGUGUACGCUUUAGACCCAUGGAUCUUGUCACGCAGUACCGGCUCGGCGAGUGCCGACCCUCAAAGGGGUCACCUCCCUAA